CCCGCCGCAUCGUCAUCAUCCUCCGCCGCUGGACAAACCACUAAGAAUACACAUACAAGGACCGCUGGAGACCAUACAGAAGCUCCUUCCGAACGAACCUUGGCCUCCGAUCAAGCCUUUUCCACAGCCGGCGGGGCGGAAGCUUGCGAGCCUUACCCAUUGACGGCGCUCCGAUAGUGCGAGACGAGUACUUGGCGUGGGCAAUAGAAGGAAGAAGAGCGUUAGAGUAUGCGCGCAUUGCCGUACAAACGCUAUAUACUGUCAACUGAUCCAUUAUCCGCUCGUUGCUUCAGCUACAUCGACUACUACAGCGUGACGUUCGACCACCUCGUCCCGGCCGAUGAUCCAGACCCAGAACUGCUAUCAUUGAAGUGGAUCAUGAUGACGGAGCAUUCGUCGACGGAUGCCGCUUGUUUCGCGUAGAUCUGGCGGGAUACACGGGGUUGAUGGCAGAGAGGGGCAAGGAGAUGGAGGCGCCCGUUAGGUUAACGCCAGCUGCAACGACGGAUAUCCCAACGAUCGGCAAUCGCUUCGGUUUGAGGUACGGGUGGUUUCGCGCCACCUAGCGGG